AAUUCAGCUGUCGAUCUUGUGAACAUGGGACGUAUGAUUGGGCCAAGGAAAACCUGGAUCCUUUUCGUCAUCGUUGACUGGUUGGCGGUAGCGUCAAUCAAGUGCUACGGCGUUGCGUUGCCAGAACGUCAGAUGAGCCCGAUGGUCUCAGGAAGGAGCGGAGCUUAUUUUAUAUAUUGUAGCGAUAAAGACCGGGGCGACGGCGGUUUUGGGGGGCUCGGCGGGCACAUAUGAAGACAGUAAAAUAUUUUCAAAUUAUUCCGGCUUGAAGUAUUUCCUCGUCAGAGGUCUUUUGUUAUGAUUUGGCGUUAAUAUCAGCGAUGUUUAACGGGUAGCCUCAUAGGUUCCUCUAAGAGGGUAGCCAAUAACCGGAGCCUCUAGCUUAAAUUUAUCUGCCUAAAUAUUAGGCAGGAGCGAUAUAACACAUUUAAUUUCUUCACCUGGGUCGUGGGCUGGCGGCAAGCCAAUAGUUGACUCUGGAGCAGGACACGGAGGAUAGUAUGGCCAUGACGGGAGGGACUGCAGCUGCCCUUCCCAUGAGCAACCACACCCGAGAGAGGGUGACAGUGGCCAAGCUGACAUUGGAAAAUUUCUACAGCACUCUGCUCACCCAGCACGAGGAGCGGGAGAUGAGGCAGAAGAAACUGGAGAAGGCUAUGGAGGAAGAGGGUUUACCAGAUGAGGAGAAAGUAAUGCGGCGCUCCCAGCAUGCCCGGAAGGAGACAGAGUUUUUACGACUGAAGAGGACGCGACUCGGUUUGGAUGACUUUGAGUCCCUAAAGGUGAUUGGACGAGGUGCUUUUGGAGAGGUGCGUUUGGUACAGAAGAAGGACACAGGUCACAUUUAUGCCAUGAAGAUUUUGAGAAAAGCAGACAUGCUGGAGAAAGAACAGGUCGCUCACAUCCGGGCAGAAAGGGAUAUUCUAGUGGAGGCGGAUGGUGCCUGGGUGGUCAAGAUGUUCUACAGCUUUCAGGACAAGAGAAACCUCUACCUCAUUAUGGAGUUCCUGCCUGGAGGCGACAUGAUGACGCUGCUGAUGAAGAAGGACACGCUGUCUGAAGAGGCUACUCAAUUCUACAUCGCAGAGACCGUACUGGCCAUCGACUCCAUCCACCAGCUGGGCUUCAUCCACAGAGACAUCAAACCGGACAACCUGCUGCUGGACUCCAGAGGACAUGUGAAACUGUCAGAUUUUGGACUGUGUACAGGACUGAAGAAGGCUCAUCGCACCGAAUUUUACAGGAACCUUACGCACAACCCGCCCAGUGACUUCUCCUUUCAAAAUAUGAACUCCAAGAGGAAAGCAGAAACCUGGAAGAAGAACCGGAGACAGCUGGCUUAUUCCACAGUGGGAACGCCAGACUACAUCGCUCCAGAAGUGUUCAUGCAGACGGGUUACAACAAACUGUGUGACUGGUGGUCUCUGGGUGUGAUUAUGUAUGAGAUGCUCAUUGGUUAUCCACCCUUCUGCUCAGAGACGCCACAGGAGACGUACAGGAAGGUUAUGAACUGGAAAGAAACGCUCGUCUUCCCACCUGAAGUCCCCAUCUCAGAGAGAGCCAAAGACUUGAUAUUAAGGUUUUGCACAGAUGCUGAGAACAGGAUCGGAGCUGUGAGCGUGGACGAGAUCAAGAGCCACUUGUUCUUUGAGUCGGUGGAUUGGGAGCACAUCAGGGAGAGGCCGGCCGCCAUCUCCAUUGAAAUCAAGAGUAUCGACGACACCUCAAACUUUGAUGACUUCCCUGAAUCGGACAUCCUUCAGCCAGCCAAUGCAACGGAGCCAGACUUCAAAUCAAAGGACUGGGUCUUCCUCAACUACACCUACAAACGCUUUGAGGGCCUGACUCAGCGAGGCACCAUCCCCACAUACAUGAAGGCAGGGAAGGCCUGACACCCUCAAACGGGAGGAGGGCGCAGUGGAGAAAAAUACAGACGUUUACGGACACAGGGUCGGGCCCUGGAGCCCCGCUGGUGCUGAAGGCUGCACCGCCAGCUUCUCAGUCUAAAUUUAACCCUCAUCACAAGUUAUUUAGGUCUGCUCAGCUGCGGCAAGAAAGCCAAGAGCUCAGAAAUUAAGGAGCAUUACCGCAUUACCUCGGUUGUUAAUAUUAUAUACACGUGCCGUCUUUAGCCAUAGCUCUCAGGCCAGCUCACUAACUAGGACACUAAAUCAGCAUAUCUGCAUGUUCAGCAGCAUAUUGCUUCUGGAGAUGAUUUGUUUCUUUUUUGUUUUGUUUUUAAUGGUGAGAACAAGGCUUGAAUACAAAUGACUGCUCCAACUUUUUCCACAUUGUUAGUUUUUACACUGGUGGCUAAAUUAGGUUAUUGCUCUAUACACUGUAGACAAACUCUGGAUGAUCGAUAAGAACAGGAACCCCUCACUUGUUGUAGCCAAUAGUCUGCUAUAAGGUUCCAGCGUGAUUUCAAGUGUUUUUGCUCACUUUGCACAGUGAAUUUAAGGGUUAUAUUUAAGAGUUAUAUUCACUGACAUUAUAGCAGCCAUCAAAUUGUAAACACAAAAGUCUUUGUAGUUAGCAGAAGCAUCUUUCUUUGGUUUGUGUUUUGGCUUGACUUGUAUAAAAAGAGGUGGAAACAGCCGUAACUACUGGAGCUAAUGCAGAUGCAUGUUCUUGUUAGCAAAGUGGUAAUGGAUCCCAUUUAAAGCUGGGUUGGCAUCAAAAUUUUAACUCUGCCCAGGCUUACAGCACCACCUAUGUGUAUGGGUCUUCAGUUGAAGGCUAAGCUUGAUGAUACAUUUUUAGCAAAGCUAGCUGUGCUGCUUUAGGGAUAGCUGCUUAGUCCACCAGCUUGACCCAACAACGACUGGAUGGGUGUAGUGUUCUGAUGUUAGCACACAGCUCCACUGAUUCUUACACCUAAAGUGUAACAAAAUAUUUAUAGAUGUAUUAAAAAAAAGUGACUCUGCAUUCACUACCUAUAUGUUAGCCUUUAGCUGUUUUUAUCCACCGUUUCAGACCGACUGACCCAAAACAGCAGCAACAAAAGGAGAGAAAAUCUAAAACAAAUGAGCAAAAACCUCAGAUCAUGCUGGACCCAUCCUUUAACCCUCAUGCUAGUGAAACAUGGUGACUUUGUGGCAGCUCAGUGGGGGAAACUGCCUCAGCACAGCUGCUUUUCUCACAGAACAACAGCUUGUUGCCAGAAAACUGUGAGAUGCAGUUUACUCUGUGCUUGACAUCCUUUACUGCGGCGUGUCGUCCUUUCGCAUUGCCAAACUAACUGCUGAGCGUUUCCCUUCCCUUGCAGAGUUUUGGUCAGGUCAGUGCUAAAGUACUUGAUAUAAUUCUGAUCAGCCCACGGCCCAAUCGCUUCUUUCUUAGACGGGCAAAACAUGCAAAGUGCCUUUUGAUCCAGCUGAUAAAUAUUUAACCUGAUAUACAGGUGAGACCAAUAAGAAGGCAUUCGCUAAAAUGUAACUGUUUUCACUGAAAAGGGAAAGGGAAGCAGGAGGAAGCCUCUUUAAAGCCGGUGUGCACUGAUGUCAGUGGUGACGCGUCUGCAGGGUGAUAAGUGAGGUGAUACAGCAGCAAAGAAACAAUAGGAGUACAGAAAACAGGAGUUUUAUAGCUUAGAUAAUAAAACAGGAGGCUUAUAAAAUAUAACGUGUCAUGGAAAACAGCAGUGUGUCUUUGUCAAGUAAGAAUGAAAGUUGUAGAUAAGACAGUGGAUCUCUGUGUGUUCAAGUUCCUGCUUUUUUUUUUUUUUUUUUUUUUUAUUUAUUUUGAAAUUUCGAAUAAGAAUGUGUUUAAUGUCUAGGAAAGGAAAACGUUUAUGGUGAACAGCAACCUUGAGGCCCGUCUUUCUCAGCAAACCAUCUAAGCUUCAUGUCUGCUCAGAGCUGGGAGUAGGCUCAGUGCUAAAAAUGCUUACCAAAGAGCUCUGAUCAUCACAGAUUCACAUGUAGCUGUCGCUUACUGCACUCAACUUAAAACUACCUUUUUGGGGGGGGUAAACUCUGUUUUGGAAUAAAUUGCCAUUUCUAUUUGUAUACAUGUGAGAAAGUGAGCGUGUGGGGGAUAAAUCAUCUAAAUUAGGACUGAUAGAGACAGUGUCUACAACUGAUCUGACAAAUAUCAUUAUAAUACCUUUAUACCUUUUGUUCCUCCUUAACCUUCACUCAUCAAUCUAGUCCUGCUGAAAAUGUGAUGAUUUGAGGCCAAAUGCAUUCACGUUUUUCUGUUAUUUUCAUGUUUUUCAUUAAGAGGCUGAUGAAUUGGAUUUAUUGAUCAUAUUCAGUAUACUGAAAAAGGGUGAUUUUUAUGUUAUUUGUUUGAUCUAAAGUGUAAAGGGGUAUUACACCUUGUAAAAUAGCGAAGCUUAAAGCAAAGACCCAGCAGAUGCCAGGGUAUUCUGAGGGUAUCCUGUGCUAAAUGUAUGAACCCGACAUAUCCUAUAAUGCAGCUUUUUUCCAUCUCCUAACGCUCGUCUUCCAAACUCUGCACCGCCUAUUUGUCACGCAGUUUCUCUGUUCAUAAUUCAUAAUAAUCUCACAUAACCUGGGUCACGUUUUCAGACAUAUGCUCCUGUCCCCGCAGGGAGAGUAAUGCUCCCUUUGAUGUUUAAAAUUAGUGGAGUGCCCCUUUAAUGGUUGCCUUGAAACACAAACCAAGCAGUCUGCAUCAUAUCACAUAAACAAGUCUAUUGGCUGUUUUUAUAAUUGACACGUAUGGGUCUAAGACCUGGUUACAGGAGGCUGUGGCCCUACUGGAGGUCCAGAGCAGGACAUGUGCAUUGGAGGUGGUGUGGGUGGUGGGGGUUGUGUUUGCUGGUAGCCACUGCUGCACAUUCACUCUAAUGCGCUGACAUAACCUGGGUAUCAAAGCCCGAGUGCUGCACUCAGAGCAUCUGGUUUCACAGCCAAACAGUAAAGCUUGUUUAUGGAAAGCUUGUCUGAGAGUGUGCGACUGUGUGAGUGACAAAAAUGCUGUUUUUAUUAAGUAGAUCCUUUCUGGUGUUCAGUGUCUUAACUCUGUUUUGUAAUAGAUUUUUUUUUUUUUUUUUUUUGUCUUCAUGAAAAGUAGAUGAAAAUUGAGGGUAAAUCUCGUAUUUGGUAUCUAUACAAUUCUCUCGAUAUGCAUUAUGACUUGAAAUCCAUUACUGUGUCACUUUAUCUAAAGGGAGUUGAAUUAUUGACUUUUUCAUGAGGUAGACUUCAGGAAGUGCUUCACUUUUAUUACUUAUUAAACCAGACAGUUCAUUUCUGAUGGACCAAACCAGCCUAAUGACUCAGCCUCAGUGUUGGGCACAUCAUUGUUGCCGAAAUAUAUUAAGCAUUAACUAAGACAAAAACAAAACACUGACAUAAAAAUAAAGGCUGAAAGAUUAAGAAUCCAGUUUUAGAAAUCCGAGUAAUGUGGCAAGUACUAUGGAAUUUCCCCUCGAUGAGGCAAGUUAAGGUUUUCAGAUUACUUUCCACAGGCCAAUACUACAUUGUGAGAUAUUUUGUGUAAUGAUGUGUACAUAUUGUUGUGGACACUUGAAGGCAACUGUGUGGAGUUAAAGAGGAAAUGCUCAUUAAUAUAUUCAUUCACGUCAUUGAGUUUUUAUGUUGAUAAAAUGCUUAAAAUAAUAAAAA